UGCAUUAAUUGUUUUUACUACUUGUCACCAAGCACAGAACACCAUUGACAAAUUAGCUGUUUCAUUUCACCACCAGAUUCGACCUAAACUGUUAAAGAGUGUACACAAGAGUGAUGAUCGUUUAAGAUAUUUGUUAGAAGAGCGAAAAACUGCAUCAGAACAUGAUAGGUCGAAAAGAGGCAUCGAACCACAAGGUAAUGGGCACAUGUUGAGGUCUGGUGCUAACCCCGUACCAACGGGUGUCGAAGAGGAAUAUUUUACUACGUAUGAACCCCACUCUGUUACUACGAGUCUGUCGGACGUUACACAACAAACCGAAUCACACCCACAGUCUGAUCCGUAUAUAUACCAAUUUGAACCACUGAACGAAUACCCGCCGGUUGAUCAACAUAGGGCAACAUAUGACAGACGGGAACCCUUGAUACAUUCAGAUACAUAUAACCGUCAUGGACAUACUGUACGGACAGAGUCACAGCACACAGUAACGCAGCAGACACAAAGCACUACAAUUUCCAGGAACUCGGAAUCACGUCAUGUUGUCAUGCGUCAUCCUAUCGAUCCGACCAGUAUUCUUGAUAUGUUAUCUCGCGAAUCACGCAUAAAUCGUACUGCGGCAAUUAACAGUUUUCUGGCAAAAGAAGAACUGAAGAAGGCUUCCCACAGUAUAGACAACGACAUUCUAUCAGCGUAUGGAGGGUAUAAUUCGUACUCUAAAAUUAAAGAAAGUAGUACUGGUCACAUCAUGGCAUCAUUAGAUAUGUGGCUCACGAAAGAACAAGUCAACUUAUUUGGUAAAAGUGGUGGGCGAGUAAAGAGAAAAUCUAUUAGACCAAAGGAAUAUAGAUGGACAAAUGCUAUAAUACCAUACACCAUUGAAUCUUCAUUCCGUAUUUCGGAUCUCAAGUUAAUUAAAGAAUCUAUGCGAGUUUGGGAGGCAGCUACUUGUAUUAGAUUCCGCCAGGCUGUUGAUACAGAUAAAAAUGUUGUUACAAUAAUCAAUGGACCCGGCUGUAGUUCACAUGUUGGUAUGAUUGGUGGCAAGCAAGAUUUAACACUGCAUAUAAACUGCCGAAAGAAAGCUAUAGUUGUUCAUGAGUUGGGUCAUGCUAUAGGAAUGAUACACGAACAUCAGCGACCGGACAGAGCAGAAUUUGUUUCUUUAAAUAAACAGAACGCUAUGCCCGGCACAGAAGCAGAUUUUCAAAUGUAUUCGUGGGAUGUUAUUGAUAGCAUUGGUAUAAAAUACGACUAUAGAUCUAUAAUGCAUUAUGGAGGCACGGCCUUUGCAAAGGAUAACGGUGUAACUAUAAAGACACGUGAUCCCAGAUAUCAGGAUAUAAUUGGUAAAGCUACAACCAUAUCACAAGCUGAUAUUGAGACUGUCUCCGGGAUGUAUGAAUGUCCAGCUCGAAGAAACAGGGUGCCCGCUCAAGAAUGGACAUGGUUGAACGGCCUAUUGCCGUCAAACUUUGAAGGUCAAUCGAUAACAAGAGAACGUAAACCACCAAUAAGGGAUGUUAAUCCACGGGGCAGAAUUGUGCAGCCAUCGCGUACAAUAAGUCGUCAGCAACCAGCACCGAUUAGGCGUCGUGUCAGACCAACACCUACUUUCAAUAGAAAUCAACAAAAUUUUAGACCUACAAAUCAACGUAACGGAAACAGAAACGAUCCGUGGAUGAAUGAUUUUUUCAGAGGAAAUAGGUUUAGUAAUAAUGGAUUUGGUAAUAGACCAUUCGUUAAUAACAGGAAUGGGAACAAUCAAUUUGGCAAUUCGUUCUUUGGUUCAAUGUUCCAACAAGAUCCCGCAAGUGCUGCAAUAUAAGGCACUAACUGGUUUAUGGAUAUAAAUAUGCAUCCCUUAACAGUUUAUUAUACAGGAUUAUUGAAACAAAUAUUAUUUUUUUUUAUGAAAUUUUGUAUAUUUCAUUAAGUUAACAACUUUAGAAAUUCCCAAAUGUGUAAAAGCUCUACCUCUACCUGAAAAGAUAUAUAAGCAAGCUGUCUAAACUUGACGGACCAAAUUUGUACCUUUAACACAAGGAUGUCCAUUUAAAGUUAAUCAGUAGUAAAUGGCAUUGUUUACUUUUACUAGGAUUAUGUUGGGCAUUUUAUGAGAAUAUGGAUACUCCAUGUCAUUAAAAUUUGUUACAUAUUAUUCUGCAACACAGUUUGGUGUUAUUUUAGCUAAAUGCAACAAAUAUUAUUUAUUUUAAUGUUACCUAGGCUUCUUGAGAAAAAAAAUGGUUUAGUGCAACUACUUUACAAAUGUAAUACUACUUGAUUCAGUGUUGAUGCAAAUACAUGUAUGUCAUUUCAGUAUCCAUUCCUGUAAAUGCAAUUUUGGUAAAUCUAAUUACAGUUUUAUUUCUAUGUAAACGUUUAACAUUUGUUAUCGCAAAUAAAUUAUUUUUUAAUGCCAUUUUAUGUAAACAGUCUAUUAUAUUCUGUCUGGGAAACAGUCGUAUAGAUUAUUGAAUCUUCACAUUUCUUUUAGUACAGAUGACAAUAUUUACUUGAUGUGUAAAACGAACACGGUCCUUGAUCAAUUUUAUUGUUCUGGUAGGAAAUUACCUUGUCCGCUACCAUUAAACAUACAUUAUGCAAGAGCUAAAUCUACCUAUUCCAGGUCUUUCUUUAGGCCUGAAAUGUUAUAUAAACUAUUAAUUAGACAUUUGUUAACAAAACAAGACCAUAAUCGACUCUCGAUGGCAUCGGGUACUCGAGAUUUUAACUAGAUUAGAACGAUUUGCCAUUUAAAAAUUUAAUUUAAAAAUGGGAAAGAAAGGCUAAGUCGAGAAUAUACCAGUGCCCUGGUUAUCACUUUGCACACAUCUACAAACUACAAACAGUGAUAAUGUGGCUCAGAAUGAAGUAAUUUGAAUGAAAUUUUCAAUAUUUUCAUUUUACAUUAUAUGUUUUUGAACUAUUAUAGCAAGAAUGGUCGGCUCUUUAUCUAAAUCUUACAUAAUGUAUCGUUAAGUACACUUGUUCCUUUGUUGAAUUCCCGUUAUAUGUCACUGGUUUC